AUAUGUGAAGUGAGAUUAGGAAGAGAAGAUGAACAAUUCCCUGGAUUACCUGGCCUACCCUGUCAUCGUCUCUAACCACAGGCAAAGUACGAACUUCAGGAGGAAACUGGACUAUGGCCACUACUUAUCUCACAAGAAUAGAAUGCAAAUAGUGAAGCCUGCUGUUGAUACCAAACCUCCAGUGGCACAUACACAUCACAUUUUAAAAUUGAGCAAACUACAGGGUGAACAAAAGAGAAUCGACAAAAUUGAAUAUGAGAACAAGCAGCUGUGUCAGAAAAUCGCCGAUGCCCAUCGCGGCCCUGCCAGGGUGGACUGCUGGAACGAAUACUUAUCCAAGAGCUUAAACCGAGAAACAAGGAAUCGGGAGCUGGUGAGAAUCACCGUGGAAAACCAGGGCAUUCUGAAGCGGCUUGGAGAUCGCAAACCCCACUAUGACCGCAGGGCAACUGAGAAAGAUUGGCAGAAUUCAAGGCGCUAUAUCAAGAACACAACAAAGUAUCUUCUCUCCAAAGAUGAAUAGGU